GGCGGCGUUGGCGGGCGCACGACUGAGACGGCGGCAGAGCGUUGGGUCCGGGGCGCUCACUCAUGAGGAGCCGGAAGCUCACAGGUGGAGUGCGAUCCUCAGCACGCCUUCAGGCCCGAAGCUACUCUCCAGCCAGCUCAGCCUCAACCGAGGGCAUUGCCAGCUCCACAUCUGUCAAGACAGCAUGUCUGGCUUCCUCAUCACACAAGACUACAGACAGACGUACUUCCAAAAAGUUCAAGUAUGACAAAGGUCACCUUGUAAAGGCAGAACUACAGAAAGCUGACCGUAAAAGUGACAUUUCUUCUUUGCCAAAAGUGGCCCCCAAGGCCUCUUGUGACAGUGAGUUUGCAGAGGCCAGCGCUAAGACGGCUGUCCCUGUGCCGGAGAGUAGAGAGCCUCCCCAGGGCUGCUGCCAGCCUGUGAGUGAGGAACCCUCAGCAAAGACUGAAGGUGGCCUGCCCACACCAGAACCCGGCAGGGUGGCUGCAGCCCAGGAACCUGAUGGCAGUUCUGCCAGACAGGCCGAGCCAGUGCCCAGGACAGAGGAGGUGCAGGCACCUGUGCUCCAGAUGGACAGCAGCGUCUUUCUAGAUGAUGACAGCAACCAGCCCAUGCCUGUGAGUCGCUUCUUCGGGAAUGUUGAGCUUAUGCAGGAUCUGCCACCAGCCUCUUCAUCUUGUCCUUCCAUGAGCAGACGAGAGUUCAGAAAAAUGCAUUUCAGAGCCAAAGAGGACGAGGAUGAGGACGCCGCCGAGAUGUAGUGUGGGUCUUCCCCUGUCGUGUUCGGCAGACGGCUCAGUGAGUCUGAAGAUCUCUGGAUGGCGUCUCCAAGAGAACACACUGUCAGUUGAACACAGAAUUGACACAAGGUCACCAGCGCCAUCACCCGGCCCCUACGGAAAGGACAGCCCUCAGAAACAUGGAAGACCACACAUUGUGAACAGUGUGUGUCCGUGACUCUAAGACAGGCAGCGGGUCCUCAGAAAAGCUCCACCGCGCUGUCCUGAGGCACUGCUGCGCACGGCUGUGAAGACGGACUCAGCCGGGGCAAUGGUUCCGUCACCAGCUGCUGUUAUUGUGCCCUUGGCCCCACCUUUCUCGAUACGUGCACACUUUUUAGACACGUCUAUUUUGGAAAAAUCUUUAUUUUAUGUAUGGCAAAUGUAAAAAAUUUUAAACAUUUUAAAACAUAUAAAAUAUACUUGCUUUUAAAAAGAAAACUCAGGCUGGGGCUUCUAGAGUGACAAAAUGGUGGUAAUAGCCCCAUCACCACUGCAUCACCCCAGAGGGCCUGGCGUGUGUCACUGGCGGGCGCUUGCGAGCAGGCCGCUUCUUCUUGGAUCCUGCCUGGGGCCGGUAGAUCUUACUCCGGUCACACUGCAGCUUGUGUGUGGUCUUCUUGUGGCAGGCGAUGUGCACUAGCUUCAGGUUCUUGGCCGUGAAGAGCAGGCUGUAGAAGUACUCCCAGUUCACCUCCCUCCCAUCCUGGACGGCUUCCACCAGCGUGGGUACCACAGUGCGCUUCUUCUCUAUUCUGCCAAGUCAGGGAAGACAGCCCGUCUGCUGUCAGUGCCACGCACCGCGGGGUGCUGUGCCCUUCCCACCAGCCACAGACACUCAUAGCACAGUCUACCAUAGCAAAUAUCCCUGCUGUGCUGCUUAGAUUUUGGUCAACUUGACACAAGCUGGCAUCAUUUAGGAAGAGGGACCCCCAAGUGAAAAAUCGCCUGCAUCAGACUGGUGUGUAUAAAGGCUGCGAACCGGGGGGCUGGAGAGAUGGCUCCAUGGUUAAGAGUGCUGACUGCUCUUCCAGAGGACCCAGGUUCA